AUGCCCUUUAACAAAACCGAGCUCUACGGCGGUGCCAUGACCGUCGAACUUCCAUCCAACUUCGCAGACGUCAGCCAAAUCAGACAAGUGCCCGACAAUCAAGAAGUCUACCUGGACAAAGAUGGUCUUUCAAGCAUCGUCUUUGACAUUUUGGAACGUGUCGACAAGCCGGAUCUGGAUGCCCUGAAAUACCAUCUCGAGGAUAUCGUCGAGGAUGAUGUUAAUGGCACAAAACUCUGGACUUCAAAUUCUGCAGUUCUGAACAAACUACCAUCUCAAACACCCGCCUAUACUCUCUUCGCCACGCACACAGCAUCAGCAGACGCCGUGUCUCGCGGAAAAGCCCCCGACUUCACAGGCAUCUUGCUCACACUGAUCCGCCUGGAGCGCCAACAGACCGACCUAGUCAUCUGCAUCAACGUCCCCCACGUGGACGGCGAAUACAACAAAGACGACGUUGAUCCUUCAGCUGGAAAGCAAGGACCCAUGCUGGAUGCCGCAACAUCAUUCCGCGAUCGCAUUUUGCAGACUUUUGAAAUCAAGGAUUGGGAUCUGUUCGUUCAAGAAUGA